UGCAUGGCCUUGUUCUGAGCCGAACGCCAACUUGGCUUCACUAACCAGUCUUCUCUAGACUGUGAAGCGUGAAGUACGUGUUGAUCGAAGUUUUGAUACGCGCGAAAAUUCGCGAGUGAGAAAAGUGGCAGUGUUGUGCUAUACAGGAUUUGUACGAGCAAAUCUGGAGCCGAACGUAUUUUUGCGGAGAGGAAGAUCGUGUGAUGCUACGAUGGCGAUGCGAGCGGUGAGGGCGGCGCUGCUCUGCGCGAGCCUAUUGUUCAUACAACAAGCAAGCGCCGAGCUAAGAGGCCGAUGUCCCGCCGAAGACGGAGCGUGCCCGCCGCGCGCGACGCCCUGCCACGAAGACGACGACUGCGGCGAGCAAAUCUGCUGCAACACUUCUUGUGGGAGGACAUGCGUUGAACCACUUUACACUGGUUGUGAAAACAUAAAACUGUCGUCAGAGCGGAUAUCACGUGCCCUCGCAGCGGAAAACACCCGCAGCGGACGUGGUGCCAUUCGGUCAUUGCGAUCACCGAGGUGCAAAGUUACUGAUGGCGAGUUCGAGGAAAUCCAGUGCGACAACGAGAUUGUUAGCACGUGCUGGUGUGUGGACGCGGCAGGGUUUGAGGUGCCUGGAACCAGAGCGCCUGCAGCAGGUCUAGUCAACUGCACAAAUUCAGCACCAUGUGCAGCACAUACUUGCCGAAUGCUGUGUCCUCUGGGCUUCGAGUUGGACAACCGUGGAUGUCCUUUGUGCAAGUGCAGGGACCCCUGUUCGAGCGUUACCUGUCCCGGACAACUGUCUUGCCAGCUGGAGGAAACUCCAUGUUUGAGGCCGCCUUGCCCGCCUGUACCAACUUGCAAAAGAGGACGUAGUUUACAAAACAUUUGCCCAGUCGGAGAACCGCUCUUGAUAUCGGAAACUAGCAGGCCUGUCCUGUGCGGCACGGAUCCAGGAAAACCAAACUGUCCACCGCUGUAUAGAUGUUUGGUUGAGUCAGGAAACGACUAUGGGGUGUGUUGCCCCGCAUCCCUAGAGUUACAGAAAGCUGGAACUUGUCCAAAACCAUCGACCUCAGACCUUGACUGUGGCACUCCUUGUGCGCAUGACUUGGAGUGUCCUUCGAUGCAGAAAUGCUGUGACGGCGGAGAAUGUGGAAAACACUGUACCCUACCUUAUAAUGUCACCAUGUGUACCCAGCAGAAGAUGCUGGCAGAAUUGUUGGUUGUUAGUGAAAGGGAGGGUAGAGGUUAUGUGCCACAGUGUAGUGCUAAUGGCUCCUUUGUUUCGAAGCAAUGUUCGAGAAAUGGACUGGUUUGUUGGUGCGUAGAUACAGAUGGCAACAAACUCCGCGGAUCAAUGGGUCCAUCAGAUUCAGUGCGCUGUUCCCCGACUCCUCGACCUGCCAGAUCCGGUGGACGCAGUCUGAGUUCCUGCACCAGGGCUCUAUGCGCUGGGGUCUGUGAAUAUGGCUAUAAAACUGGUAGCGAUGGCUGCCCGACUUGCGAAUGUGAUGACCCUUGUGCUGGCUUCCCCUGUGAUGAUGGGGAAGAAUGUGUUCGAGUGCGUGACGCUGAUUGUUCGGGCGAGCUGUGCACUGGAUAUCCUGUGUGUCGACCAAAAGUCUCCUAUGACAAUCCAUGUGAAGUAGGCGCUCCAGCUACCGAUGAGGAAGGCUCGGUCAUGGCAUGUGGUACAAUCCAGGACUGUCCCAGCGCGCAUGUGUGCACAACAGCACGACGAAAUGGCGCCGCUGUCUGCUGUCCAGAUCCUAACUUUGUGGACAACUCUACUGACUCUGAGGUUUUAGAGAUCAACUUCGAAUCCUGCGGUCCGGAAGCGGAGGCAGUAUGCAGUGUGAACUCAACUAUCAGUUGCUCGGAGGGCAUUUGUGACGAAGGCCUGGUGUGCUGUUCUACUGACAAAUGCGGUCCAGUUUGCGUAGAUGCCGCGAAGAUGCGUCUGCAGACCGAGCGUAUUGAUGAUAUACCUACUAUGUGCGAAUACCUCCGCGAUUUUGACGAGAAGAUGGAAGGAACUGUUGAUGGCAUGAAGUUGGCACUCCCAGCCCCAACGUGCCAACCCGAUGGCUCUUUCACUCCUCAGCAGUGCGCUAAUGGACGGUGCUGGUGUGUCGACUCAUCCGGCACAGAGAUACCAGACACUAGAACUAACGACUCUUCAACUAUUGAUUGUGAAAAGGUGCGCUCUGAACUGUCAUGUCUGGAUCUAACGUGCCGAAUGGGAUGUGACUACGGGUUCGAGCUUGGUGCUGGCCGAUGUCCAACAUGCAAGUGCAGAGAUCCUUGCGUCGGUGUAACUUGUCCUAGUGGGCGUGCUUGUGCCCUGGUGGACGUUGCUUGUGACGCGGACUACUGUCCUCCUGUACCUGCAUGUCUACCGCGUAAAGCAGGACAAUGUCCAUACCUAGUACCCUGGACGGGUGCGUGCGAAUGGGCGUGCAGAUCGGACGCAGAGUGCGGCGCGGAACAACGCUGUUGCGCGACCGGUUGCGGCACCGCCUGCACCUCCGUGGUACAUCAGACCGCUUGCCAGCAACGAAGAGCUCUAGCAGUACACACAGCAGCAGAGAGCGGCAACCCUCCGGCAUGGACAUGGGUGCCGGAAUGCAAGGAGGAUGGAACGUACGCUCAAGUACAAUGUCGUGGCUCCAGCAAGAAAAUGUGCUGGUGUGUAGAUACUGCGGGCAAUGAAGUCCCAGGAACUCGAUCAACAAACUCUACGCCAAACUGUGAUGCGCCUGCCAUUUGCCCCGACCCUGGAUGUGAUGUAGAGGAGAUAUGCCCCCACGGCCGACUGUUGGACAACAAAGGAUGCCCUACAUGUGUUUGCAGAGACCCUUGCGCUGAAGCUAAAUGCAGGGAAGAUGAAACAUGCGAACUUGUACCCUUGGACUGUGAGGGAGAAUCCUGUCCACCACUGGCGCGUUGCUCUCCAUCCCCUCAAUGUCCUGAAGGAGAGCCACUUCAAGCUCCCGAUGGAUCGGGAGCUCUACUUUGCGGACCCAAUGCUGCCGCUUGUCCAUACACACAUGCUUGUCGAUUUGCACCUCAUGAUUCAAGGCCUUCGGUCUGCUGUCCUAAGCCGCGAUCGGUCUGUUUUGAAAGCAAAGACGAAGGCGAUUGUGAUAGUGGAGAAGGUUUGAACACAACGCGUUGGCAUUUCAACCACGAACGUAACCGGUGUGAGCGGUUCAAGUACCAUGGCUGCUCCGGGAACCAUAACAACUUCCGCACCAAGGAGGAAUGUAACUCAGUGUGCCCAGUUAAGAAAGAAAAGGGGAAAUUAUCAAAACAGAAGAGCAGGAGGAAAAUGAACGGCUCAGAAGUGCUAAGUCCUUGUGAAAGACUUCGAGAGAAGAACGAAGCAGCCGCUCUGAAAUAUGGCAAAGGAACUUUCAUACCUAAAUGUGACGCCAGCGGGGCUUGGGAGUCAGUACAAUGCAUGUCGCAUAUUGAUGUAUGCUGGUGUGUAAGCGCCCGAGGAGAACCUCAAAAGGGGUCUCUAGUACGAGGUGCGAAACCAACGUGCAAUUUCAGACAAGCUCGCAAGUGGGUGCGACGAGACCCACUGGACGAGAAAGCAAGAGCUGAUGAAGUACUAGAAGAAUUAAUUAGACAAAUGACCACAUUUAGAGAAGACGAAUUUGAAGAAGAAGAUGAAGAUUUCGACAAUAUCGAGCAAGGACCUGAACAUCGAGGGGGAGAUGAUCCGCUUUCCACAGAACUUUCAUCGAGCGAGGAUACUUCAGUGCUAUCAGAAGUAAUCGAACCGAAGUUAGCCGAAACUACGAGAAAAAACAUAACUCCAGUAGAAGUUGUGGCAGAAAAAAAUAGCUUCAAGACCAAGUGCCAGCUAAUGCAAGAGGAAAUUGAUAACGGUGCUGAAGGUUGGCGGCCCAGAUGUUUGCCAGAUGGAUCGUUCUCACCACGUCAAUGUGGUCGAGCCCGAUGUUGGUGUGUGGAUGCAGCAGGACAGACUCGACCUGGUACCAAAACCUAUAGCACUGACCCUUGCGAGGUCACUCAAAUAGAAUCAGCUCUCCUUGAGCUAGAACUGAUAGGUGCUGAAGAGGCAAUAGGAAAUAAGGCCCAAGCUUUACUUGCAUCGAGGCUUUCCGCUUUGGGUGCUCAAGUUCCUGUUACUAUGAGCAAAGAUCGUGAGCUGGUGAAACUCCGGGUCUUACUACCAGGGCCAAGAGCUGCGGAUUUGGUUUACCAUCUUGAAACGCAGGUCAAAAAAGAAAAACUUUCCGGCGCCAAUAAGUCUGAAGAAGGCGUCAUCGGUGCAGAUGUAAUCCGCAGCGAAUACCGACUGGUGGCUCCCUCGCCUGCCAUGCAAAGGGAAAUACUGAGCGAAUCCACCGUAUCCGCAGCAACGUCCUAUCACACAGCUCUGAUCGUCCUAGCUGCAACAUCAGCUUUUAUCAUCAGCGUUCUCUGCGUCCUGGUGAUGCUGUACCGGGCUAGGUUACAACGGGAGCCUCACAAAGCAGAACGGUUCCUUCCAGUAGCUCCUCCCGUAUACGUGCUAUCUGCUGAUGAAAAAGCGGAGCUGGCGAGAGUGUUGCACGCACCUCCACCGCCAGUGCCGCCUAAUGAUGACCACACGAGAGUGUAGGUGUUGCAAGAGGUUUAUACCACUAAGAUUGUUAGAUGAGGAAUAUUUAAAAUGGGAAGUACCUAAAGUAAUACGUAGAAUGCGACGAUGAUGUCACGCGUUCGAUUGUGACGUUCAGAGGCUGCUAACUUUUGAAGUUAAUGUUGAUUUUGCGUUAAUCUGUCGUUUACGUUGAAAUCUAUAGAGCGCACUUUGCCUUUGCUUAGAGUUUAUACUAAAGUUUCAGUUAAAACGAGACAGAUUUAUGCCAGCGGCAUAAUGCUGUCUCGUUUUAACAAUCUCUUAAGUCUGAGCAAAGUCAAAGUGCGCCUUAGUAUAGACCGGAAAACGACAAAAACGUCAUGAUUCGACAUCUCAUCAUGACAGAUUAACGCAUAGCUAACCUUAACUUGAUAAUAAUUAUUCUAUAAUAAUAACACCCAGGACUCGAAAAUUAAGCAAAUUGAAUUAUUAACAUCUUUCUAACAGGUUCGCGAUAAAGUUUUGCAGCCUGUACGGAUUUUAAGGGUUGCAUGUAUGUACUUAUUUAGUUAAUGAAAUCGAGCAAAAAUGUUUAUUGAACGAACAAUAUCUAUUAUGAGUAUGUUUUAACUUAAAGUUCUGACGUGUAAUCAUCAAAAUAAUUUAGAGUUCUUACAAACGAACGGCAAUUUGUUGCCGACCGUUGUCCUCGACGCGUGACGACAGCUUGCAGUCGCCAAAGUGCUGCUCAUCUGUAAGCACACUAAGGUUGAAAUCUAUAGAGCGCACUUUGACUUUGCUUAGACUUAAGUUUCAGUUAAAACGAGACAAAUUUACGCCAGCGGUAUAACGCUGUCUCGUUUUAACAGUGUGUUAAGUCUGAGCAAAGUCAAGGUGCACUCUAUAUAUCAGAGUUUUGUAAGAAAAGAGGCUUUUUUUAAACUAAGUUUUAUUAAUUCUUGCAUGAGGAGAUUAAAUAUAUUAAAUAUUAAUACGAACAUAAAUUUAGACCAGAAACAAUUUAUAAGCGGCAACGAUUAGCAGAUAAUAUUAUUACCUACUUAUAAGUAGGUAUACCUACUGUGAGUAGGUGUUAAAUUGUGUACUGUGGUCUGAUGCUUGAUUAUUAUGGACCUCAUAGAUUAAAGUUGCUCUUUUAUUAUGUUAUAUGCUAUUUACAACAUAAUUGAAAAAAAAAAUCUACUUUUUCUUAAUUUUUUUUAAUUUUCUCAAAUUUUAAUAUAGUCUGGGCCAACUGUAGCAAACGGGACCAUGGGCGAUGGAACUAAUGGUUUCGUUGUUUUAAAAAUACCUAUAUACACGGUGCAAACUUGACAAUACAUCAAGAGUGCCCAAAAGAGUCAGACUCUCACUACUAACAAUCGUAUUCUUGGAUCAGGCAAUGGAAAUUGCAAAACAACAAAAGCGAGUUCUAAAAUACAAUCAUAAUUGAAAAAGCGCAAGCGCAGCGAGUCCGAACUUUUUCAUAACAUUGCCGAAGGGGUGAGCAUAUUUUUGAAUUCUUUUCGACGCUCCUAACAGAAAAAUCUUGAACCCCUCAUUGAUUGAUUCAACGUCCAGCCCAAACCUUUAGACUUAGAAAGCUGAAAUUUUGCACAGAGGUUGGCUAGUAACUGGCCAGCCUCUGUGUGUUUAACUGGUCCCAGUUGGUUCAGUCUGUACGAGGAUCAUGGUAGUUCUAUGACGUUCGGAUACUUCAAACGUGUUCAUAAAGUAAACUUAUUUUUUAGACUUAAAUAGGGUCCAAUUGGCUAGCAACUCGUGAUUUUUAAUACAUAUUUAAUUAUAGUAUAAUAAAUAAAAUACUAGUAUUAGGGAAUCUCACAAUAUGGCCUUGAACGAAUUUAAUAACUUGAUAAAAUUAUUAAGUUUUGUUUUGUUUGAUUUUAUGUAAUGAAGACAUACUUACCUAUAUUUUAUUCGUUCUAGCGCACAGUCAAGUUUAUAUUUACACGAAAUGUAGACUUUAAUAGACUUCUUUUAUUAAUAAAUAAAUAUUUAAGAAUACUGUUUAUUAUUCUCGAUAAUAAUUACCUUUUCAAUAGCUUAUUAGUAAAUAAAAUAGGUAACUCUUUAGUAGUUUUAAGUGCUGUAAAAAAAAGAAAGCGCAGAGGCGUGCGUCGAAUUAAGCGACGAACGCCUAUACGCACCUUUAGUUCCUCUCGUCGAGACUCGCUCUUUUAGUGUAAUUUGUAAUCAUUGUAUUAUGUAAUUUACAAUAUACAACUUCAACAUUCAAUCGAUUGGUUGCGAAUGGCGGGUGCUCGCGUUUGAUUGAUUAAGUGGAGCCUUGCUUCCCCCAAGGCGCUAACUUUACCUACUCCAAUACCAAUACACCAAUACCUGCUCCAUAAUCCGUUUUUUGCUCGAGAAUCUAGAUGUUUUUUGGGCACUGUAAAAUCUGGGCUACUAGGCGACAGCGUCAUGUUUCACUUCUUAUUUUAUUUUUAAAUAAAUAACAAUGCACACAUACGCGCGCGUUCGUGCAGUUUCCAUCACGCGUCGCCACCAUCGUAGUUUGUUUGAUAAGCUAAUUCCGUACUAAAUGAGGGUGUCUCGCGCAGAACUAAUCUAGUCUCUUAAUUUCAGUGAACCCAUAAAGUUUAUUGUCUCUAUUUUAUUAUUUCUAUGGGAAUCGGGAACUGAAAUUAUACUAUUUCUAGUUCUACUUUAAAAUGCGUAAAUUUUACAAUAUUUCGUAUAUUAAGUUCAUUUUAUAAUUAUAAUUAUUUUAUUAAAACGUUUUUAUCACCAACCUGUUAUAUAAUGUACUUAUGUAUUACUUACAUCACAAUUUAUUUUUAUUUAGUGUGUUAAUAAAGUAUAAAAUAAUAUAAGUACAGCUAUGUAUAUAAUUUUAAUAAUAUCAAUACAUAUAUUUGAAAUAAAUAUACCUAUUUAUAAUGUUUAUGUAAGAUAAAUUAAAGACCUAAUCUCAU